UGAUACGGAAGUGUUUCUGUAAGCGCUUGCAGAGUCCUGAAGCCCUAUUGCUUACUGUCCCCGGUGUGCGACUAUAUGUUUUUGAUAAAUAACAGGUGGAUGACAAUUCCCAUUUCAUGCAAUUAGUUGCCACUUGUGCUGGUUGGAAUUAGAUAUGGGAGCGAACAAUAGCACUCGUCGCGUCUCCUUUGAAUCUGAUGAAAAUGACAACAUCACAGUUGUGAAGGGCAUUAGGCUGUCCGAAAAUGUCAUCAACCGAAUGAGGGAGCCUGUAGCUCCGCUUCGUCCACCCACUGUUGCCCCUACACCUCCCACCUCCCUCCCACAGGUCCCUUCUCCUCCCCCUGUGUUGAUUCCCUCCCCUCUCCUCAUUCCUGUACCUCCCCUCAGAUCCCCCUAUGAUCCCAUCACCUCACUGCCACCCCCUCCUUCCAAAGAACCCAUCACACCUUCACCUCCUGCGCCCGUCACUGAAGUAGUGACCCCUCGUCCGUCUCCUCUCCCUGUGGAAAAGGUACCAGCUCCCACCAUGAUUGACAUGGUGAUUGCGCCUCCUCCCCCUGCUGCUUGUGAUCCCUCUGCACCUGUUGAGCUGGUUACUGUCCCUCAGUCGGUUGAGCCCCAAACCCCUAUCGCUGCUCCUGUUCCCGCUCCUGGUGCUGUGGAACCUAUUCCCAUCUUUUUACCUCCCCCACCUGUAAUUGAACCCACUGCUGCUCCACCUGUAAUUGCACCCACUGCUGCUCCACCUGUAAUUGAACCCACUGCUGCUCCACCUGUAAUUGAACCCACUGCUGCUCCACCUGUAAUUGAACCCACUGCUGCUCCACCUGUAAUUGAACCCAUUGCUGCUCCACCUGUGAUUGAACCCAUUGCUGCUCCACCUGUAAUUGAACCCAUUGCUGCUCCACCUGUAAUUAAACCCAUUGCAGUUCCUCCCUCUCCAGUAAUUGAAUCCAUGGCACCCCCUUCCGUUCCUAUUAUGGAACCUGUUGCUCCCCCUUCCCUUUCCUCUGCAUUGGAGUCAACCUCCUCCCCCGCUAUAGAAUCUGCUGCCCCUCCAAUGGCAGCUUUCUCCACUCAGCUUGCAGUUGAACCCGUCACUCCGACUCCUUUCUCCCCUCAGCUUGAACCCAUCACUCCGUCUCCUACCCAAGCUGAGGUAAUUGAUCCACCCCCUUGUGAAACCAUUGCCCCUCCUUCUCAGCCCCCAGUGGAAACUGUUGCCCCUCCUCCUGUUGUGCCUCCCCCUGCCCCAGAGCAGGUGUCUGCAGCACCUCCUCCACCACUACCCCCAUCAGCACCAUCUGCAGUUGCUGAAGAGGAGUUGAGGAGGAAGAUCACUGAGGAUUUGCAGAAAGGCCUGUUGCAGGAGAGGGUGAAGGCUGAACAGGAGCUGCAAGCAUGGCUGGAGGAGGAGAAGGCCCAGGCUGCAUCCUUCGCCCGGGCUGAGGCCCAGACCAGUGUGGAUGACCAGGUGGCCCAUAUCCUGGAACUGGAGAGAUCUGCUGGGCAGGAGAGCCUCACCCAGGCCGUCAUGAGGGAGAGGAUCAGCGCAGAGGAUGAGAGGAUCCGGGCCCAGCUCUAUGAGAAUACAUGGAAGGCCAAGCAGUUGGAGCUCAGAGACCAGGAGCUGAAGAAACAGGAAGCCUUCUACAGGGAGCAGGUGGCUAGACUGGAGGACAGGAGUGCUCAGUUCUACAAGGUCACCACCGAGAACUACCAAAAGGCUGCUGAUGAAGUCAAUGCUAAAUUCAAGCGCUUUGAGGUGAGCCCGGUCUGUGGUGACCUGCAGGGUCAGAUCUUAAAGUGCUACCAGGAGCACACCGGGAAGACCCUGCUCUGCUCCUCCAUCGCCUCCCGCUACCUGCAGUGCGUCAACCAAGCUAAACAGAAAGGCAUUAAUGACAAUGUUCCGCUGUGGGCCGCUACUACAGACAUUAAAAAAACAAGCUGAGGACGGGGGGCUAAGAGAGCGAGGUGCUGAGAGUGAAGAAGAGGUCAUGGGGUGUUAUUGUGUGGCAUCGCCGUUGAUUGACUGCGAAUGGACAGAGAGUAGAGACCUCUACCCAGACCUCUUACCUGACCAGAACCAGGAAUAUGACCCAACCCAACCACCCUGAGAGAGAUGGACACCCCUGAACACCCACUAACCCCCCCGAACCCCCCCUCCCCCAUUACCUUUGAUCCGUCCUUAGGGUCCCAGCUACCUGCACCCCACCUCGUACUCCCACCCCACCACAUGUCUAUCUCUCAGACCAAGAGGUGGUGGUGGUGGUGGCGGGGGUCCCAAUAACUAAUGAACACAGUAGCAUUGUGACAAAACAGCAGCAGCAGUGAUAGAAGUGCAACUGUCCGCCAUGUCGGAGACACAUGGAGACAUUCAGGGGCAACGAGUGUGAAGGCCCGGUGGAGUUUCCACAGAGUCAAGCCAGGCCCAGCAUCCCCACGGACUGAACCACUGUCACCACCAUUAUCCAACCGGGUCACUCCCUUACAAUGCCAGCAGUUGGACCCGUCCAUCCCCUCGCCUCACCUAUAUGGAAAUAAACCUCAUGUCCACUCAUCAAACACCUGCCCAUUCAUCUGUAGACCGUGGUCCACCUCACGUAUCCGUAGCCCUUCACACCCUCUCACACAUACACACGUGCACACACACACACACACACACACCAGUCAUGGUUCAUUCUGUGUGUUACCGGUAUGUUCAUAUUGUGUCUGCUUGUUUUUGUUUUAUUCCAAACCAAGUUGCAAUCAGAGGAAAUAAAAGAAGGAUACGGGAAUCACC